AUGAAUGGGCACAUUCCAGCGUCAAGAUUUCUUAUUGUUCUUGUUUUGAUCAUACCAUUCUGGGAAAUUUCAUUUGGUGCAUCAGAUAUUGAUCUGCUAUUAAAAUUCAAGGAAUCUCUUAAAGAUACAAGUGCUCUCGAUGAUUGGAAUCCUGAAAUAAAUCCUUGUACUUGGGAUUAUGCAAAUUGGAAUGGAGUUCUUUGUUCGAAUGGGAGUUUAUGGGGGUUAAAACUUGAGCAUAUGGGGCUAAAAGGAUUGAUAGAUGUUGAUUCUCUUGGUUUAAUAAGUUCCUUACGUAUUUUCAGUGUUAUGAACAAUAAAUUUGACGGUCCAUUGCCUAAUGUGAAAAGAAUGAGCUCAUUGAAAGCUUUGUAUUUAUCGAAUAAUAGAUUUUCUGGGGCCAUUCCGGAUGAUGCAUUUGCGGGCAUGCCUAUGUUGAAGAAAUUAUAUUUGGCAAACAAUCAGCUGUCUGGCCGGAUUCCUUCAUCGAUUGCCCUCUUGCCUAAACUUAUGGAAUUGAGGCUUGAAGAGAAUCUGUUUGAGGGAAAAGUUCCCGAUUUGAACCAGAAAAGUUUACAUACGAUAAAUUUAUCCAACAACGAAUUGGAAGGUGAAAUCCCUGCCAGCCUAAGCAAAAUGGAUCCGGAAUCAUUUUCAGGCAACAAAAAGUUAUGUGGGCAGCCUCUUGAGGCGUGCCAGCCACCCUCUCCAUCCCCAUCGCCGCUGCCCGGGCAGGCGGGGGUUAGCCAGAAGAAUGCAUCUGUUUUAAAACUUGUGUUAAUUUUGUUAGUUGUAGCGAUAGUAUUGAUGCUUAUAGCUGCGUGGGCGGUCAUAUUCUACCGCAAAAGCCAAAAAGCACAAAUGGAUCGAGCUUCAUCCUUGGAAGAUUUAGGCAAGAUGGGCAGCGCAAGUUCAUUUGGAAACGAAAAGGUAGCAGUUAAGCCCCCUCCUCAGGCAGUGGAGCCGCCUCCAAAGAAAUCUGAAAACGGGAAGCUUAUAUUUCUAAGAGAAGAUCUACAGAAGUUUGAUCUACAAGACAUGCUUAAAUCCUCUGCAGAAGUUUUGGGAAGUGGGACUUUUGGUGCUUCAUACAAGACGGGUGUAUUUGGAGUGACGUAUGUUGUGAAGAGAUAUAAGCAAAUGAGCAAGUUUGGAAGAGAGGAUUUUCAUGAUCACAUGAGACGAAUAGGGAGAUUGAGUCAUCCAAAUUUAUUGCCUCUAACAGCUUAUUACUAUAGGAAAGAGGAGAAACUCUUGAUUUAUGAGUUUGUGGAGAAUGGUAGCUUGGCCAAUAAACUUCAUGCCAAACAGAAAACGAACCAACGAGGGCUUGAUUGGCCAAGCCGCUUGAAGAUCAUAAAAGGCGUGGUGAAGGGAUUGUGCUACCUUCACAAUGAACUCCAUAACCCAAUUUUACCUUAUGGUCAUCUAAAAUCAUCCAAUGUGCUUCUAGGCAAGUCCUUUAAGCCUCUUUUGACAGAUUAUGCUUUGAGACCUGUGAUCAACCCCGACAGCGCUCAUAAAUACAUGAUCGCCUACAAAUCCCCGGAGUAUGCAAGAACUGGUCACAUUUCAAAAAGGUCUGAUGUAUGGAGCCUUGGAAUAUUGAUUCUUGAGGUGCUCACAGGUAAGUUUCCUGAAAACUAUCUUCUUACACAGUAUGAUAGUGAGACAAGUUUGUCAACUUGGGUCAAUCAAAUGGCAAAAGAGAAACGAUUGAGCGAAGUGUUUGAUAAAGAGAUGGGCGACGUGAAGAAUAACAAGAGUGAAAUGAUAAAUCUUUUGAAGAUUGGAUUGAGUUGUUGUGAAGAGGAUGCUGAAACAAGGAUGACAUUACAGGAGGCUGCUGAGAAGAUUGAAGAGAUAAAAGAGGAUGGAAAAAUGAAUUUGUUUAGGAGCAAUGUGAUGCCUGAGGAAGAAUCAUCUUUCUUAAAUGGCUAAUUGCGAAGAAUGUAAAAAUAUUUUGACAUUAUGAACAAACUGAUUGCAGCUUCAGAUUAUCAAAAGAUGAUUAAUAUCGUACUAUUCCGGACGAAACAUGAAGCUGGA